UAGUCCCAUUACUAAGAGAAAAUCAAGGUGGAUUCAGGAGAAGACUGUCAUGGACAAUGCAAGUGCAUCAUGAACAGCUUGGUUAUUAAGUUUAUAAACUAGUUUGCCGGCAACAAACCUCGUCCAACAUAAUCACCGAAACCUUUAGGGGAAACCCUCAUUUGCAGUCAAUCGUUUCAUUUCUCAGAUGCCCAAGCCGUUGAUUGCUGAGGUUAGUUCUCACACCUUUUUUAUUUCCGGUAUUGAUUUCUAGGUUUUAGAUAUGAGUGGGUAUUGAUUUUAGUUUUCUUGGAUUCCUUUGCAGAUUUAUGGUUUUUGCUCUGCUGGGUUUUGUUAUCUGCUUCAAUUUGUGUCAAAGAAAAUGUCUUUUUUGUUGAAAAGCGAUUCGGAAUAUCGAUUGGAAGCGCAAGGAACAGAUCGAGUGGAAGCGCUGUUAUGGCAAGUACAAGCCCCUAAAGAAACCGAGGUCGGCGGAGGUUGAAGCCAAGCAAAAGGAGCUCCAGGUGGCUAUCAAAAAUGCAAGACAAAGAGGCUUGAAUUGAAAUGGUUUGAAGCAUUUUCAUUGCAGAUUGUUCACUUGAAUGCUUGUUAUCUGUCUCUAUUACUGUAUCAUCUAUAUCAUUGGUUUUUGUACUUCCCUCCAUGAAAUAAUUCAGGUAAGUAUUGAUAGACAAGCAUUGAUAUUCAUAAGAAAAAGCAGCUAGGGGUUUUCUCCUAGUGAGUAUCGGAUUCUCCUUCUUUUUCUGUAUCUCAGCUUAAUUGAGACAGAGAGGGCUAUUCAAAAAGUUGAGACUUGGUUCAGGUAUAUUGCAACUUUCUUUCCUUGCAAGUUUGUUCUGUUUUGGGUGUCCAAUGUCAUUUUUUUUUGUGUUUCAGAGACAUCAAUUGAGCAAUAACUGAGGUAGAAGAAGCAGCCCCAAUGGUUACAGUCCAAGUUCAUGGGUUGGAUAAAACCCCAAGCUCUGCUACUUCAGAGCAAGAAGAAAAAGGGGCUGACUCGAACCAUAAUUAUAUGCAAUCUAAUUAUCGCUUUGAUUGCCUUAUCCUUGGUCACCACUUAUGUCUAUUGGUCCAGAAGGUCACUGGGUCUGACUUUUCUGCUGCAGAGAAAAUGGAUGCGUUUUCAAAGAAGGAUGAUCUUUCUGGUUAUGCUUUACUGCCCUUAAUGGUGAUGUAUAACAGCUUAACCUGUAAGUCAAAACCAAGUGGUUGGAAAUCAAGUGGCGGUGACCCUUGUGGUGAUUCAAAUUGAUGGAAGUGUGCAUAUCAGUCUCAAAUUUGUCUUGCAACAGAUGAGUCUGGCUAAAUCAAUGAAGACUACAAUUGAGAAAGAACACAAUGUAGAUAAGGCUGAGGAUUUGGCCCUCUCUGCUUCACUAGAGGACGCAGAGGCAAGUCAGGCAACUAGAGAUGAUAAUGGUGAUUCUGAUGGUGAUGAUGAAGAAGAGGCUGAGGAGGGUGUUCGUAAUUAACAUAAGUGCAGCUUUUAGUAAAAUUGCAAGAUGUUUUGACUCAUCGAUUCUGUAGAAGUAUUGUUCUUAUGUGUAUAUCAAUCGAGUUUGUAUGUGUAUAUUAAGUGCAGCUUUUAGUAAAAUUGCAAGAUGUUUUGACUCAUCGAUUCUGUAUAUGUAUCGUUAUUAUGUGUAUAUGAAUUGAGUUCGUAUGUGUAUAUGAAUUGAGUUCAAUGA